UUAAAGCCGCAGCUCACCGCCAAGCCCUCGUCGACAAAGGACGCCGCCGAGAAUAUUGUAAAAUGUUAAAAAUUAAAAUUAAAAGUAACCUACUCUAAUAAGACUCCACAAAAGAACCCGACUCUAAAAACUCUAGCAAGACAAAAAUUAACCCCGCAGCUCACCGCCAAGCCCUUGUCGACAAAGGACGCCACCGAGACGUCUCCAACCUCUGACGUCCCUCCACCGAGAUUUCCGGCGGAUUCGCUGUCUAGCUGCUCCAGCAACCGCCGAUUCAAGCUUCAACAGAUUAGCAGUUGGAGCAGUUGGAGAGCAAAGUUCAGGGUCAAUUUUUGCAAGAAUGGCAUUGGUUGUAGUUUGUGGGCAACCAAGUAGUGGGAAGUCAAUGGCUGCAAUGUGCCUUGCCGAAGCUCUAAAAGGAUCAGAGUUAAAAGAGACAGUCAGGAUAAUUGAUGAAACUUCCUUUCAUCUUGAUCGCAAUCAGAGCUAUGCCAAUAUGACUGCAGAGAAGAAUUUACGCGGAGUGCUCCGGUCUGAAGUUGAUAGAUCUGUGUCGAAAGAUAAUAUAAUCAUUGUAGAUUCUUUGAACAGUAUCAAGGGUUACAGAUAUGAACUAUGGUGUUUGGCUCGUGGUGCUGGAAUAAGAUACUGUGUGCUUUACUGUGAUGUGGAAGAAAAUGAUUGUAGAAAAUGGAAUGAGGAACGACGGGAGAAAGGAGAACCCACAUAUGAUGAUAAUAUACUUGAAGAUCUUGUAAGAAGGUUUGAGAAACCUGAUAGAAGAAAUCGAUGGGAUUCACCUUUGUUUGAAUUAUGGCCACAGAGAGAUGGAAUUGAGAAAUCUUCUGCUGCCAUUUUGGAUGCUGUUUCCUAUUUGACAAAAAAGGUGGAUUCAAAAACGCGGCAUGUUAAGAUUUUACAGCCAACCAUUGCAACACAAAAUACACGAUUUUCAGAGGCAAAUUCCCUGUAUGAAUUGGAUAGAGCAACACAAGAAGUGACUAAUGCUAUUGUAGAAGCACAAUCGAAGGCACUUGGAGGGCCUCUUAACGGGAUAUCUCUUGGCCAGGGGUUGCCUACUAUCAAUAUUUCAAGGUCAGUUGGGCUGCCUGAGCUACGUAGACUACGAAGAACAUUCAUUAAAUUGACAGGGCAAACCAGUUUGAGUGGACCACCACCACCCUCGGAUUCUGACAGUGCAAAGAGGAUGUUUGUGGACUACUUGAACAGGGAACUAGAAACCACUGCUUGAAUGAGCAUAAAUAUCAUUGUUCUAUUGAAAUAUCGUUGGGAUUAGUCAAAUG